AUGAAGCAUGGGGACAUUGCGCCGAUCAUGGGACGGUUAUGGUCACCACUGGCCGCGGUUACCAGCCAGUGGCAGGGCAAAGUUAAUGCCCAAAUAGCCGUCGCUAUUGUUGCCGCUUCUAUCGUGCCCAACCGGCCCAGAGUCCUGGUCCAGAUUUACAAAGGAAACUACAGCCAUGGGCUUAUCCUCAAAAGCAGCGUCCUUGCCCUCAACUUUCUUAGCGAAGGCCAACUCCAGCUAAUUCAUGACUUUGGCCUCGUUUCCGGGUUUGACCGGGACAAGCUGUCAACAGUGGAUUACGCGGCAGGUGUUACGGGUUGUCCGGUACUAAGGGAAAGCGCCGGAUUUCUGGAAUGCCGGGUUAUCAACGCUAUGGAUGGCGGAGAUAUGACCUGCUUCCUCGCGGACGUGGUGGAUGGCGGCACUUCCGGUGACCAGACUCCUGUUACGUGGAGAGACGCACGCCGACUGAUUCCACCAGACUGGAACCAGGCUUGGGAGAAGAAGAUCGGAGCCGAGAUAGAGAUUUCCCGGCAACGGAUGGGCUCGAUAGACUAUUCGGCUUGGGAGGGUCAACCAACUGAAUGA